UGCCAUACACUCGCGAGUACGGGAACGCCAAACCGAAUAGUCCUCCACAGAGAGUCCUCUCUCGGCUGUCCUCCUCUGUUCUUAGCGGGUCCGAAAGUCCAAAACCGUUUCCUCUCUCUCUCUCUCUCUCUCUCUCUCUCUCUCACAUACUUUGCUCUCACACGAAGGAAAACUCGAUCCCUCUCUUUGUCUCUCCGCCUCUGUGUUUGUGUGUCUCUCUUUGUGGUGUGCAUUGUGUGUUUUACAAUUGAAGCAACUUGAACUAAGGAACGGUCAAAAACUUUGAAGGACAUAUCAGGUUUCAAGGUUUUACAGAGUUGGACAGGUUGGUGAUUACUGGGAGCUGAAUGCCUACAUCGCCCUAGUGCAUGAGAUGUCGAGUUUUGUGGGUGUUUUGGUUUCCGAUCAAUGGCUUCAAAGCCAGUUCACACAGGUCGAGCUUCUCAGCCUCAAAACCAAAUUUGUUGCAGUGAAGAAUCAGAAUGGUAAAGUUACAGUUGGAGAUUUGCCGCCUUUCAUGGUGAAGCUAAAGCCAUUUAGGGAAUUCACUGAGGAGGAGAUUAGGGGGAUUUUGGGUGAAUCGGGUUCUGAUUUGAGCGAAGAGAUUGAUUUUGAAGCAUUCCUUAGGGCAUAUUUGAAUUUGCAAGCUCGAGCUACACUAAAAUCGGGUGGUUCAAAAAACUCUUCAUCAUUCCUUAAGGCUGCCAUAACUACUCUCCUUCACACAAUCAGUCAAUCAGAGAAAGCAUUAUACGUCGCUCACAUAAACAGCUAUCUUGGGGAUGAUCCAUUUCUACAGCAAUAUCUUCCAUUAGAUCCAGCUGCAAAUGAUCUAUUUGAUCUUGCAAAAGAUGGGGUUCUUCUAUGUAAGCUUAUCAAUGUUGCUGUGCCUGGUACAAUAGAUGAACGGGCUAUCAACACCAAAAGGGUACUCAACCCGUGGGAGAGGAAUGAGAACCAUACUCUUUGCCUCAACUCUGCGAAGGCCAUUGGCUGUACUGUAGUUAACAUCGGCACACAAGACUUGGUUGAAGGAAGACCUCAUUUGGUAUUAGGUUUGAUAUCCCAAAUUAUAAAGAUACAACUGUUGGAGGAUCUCAGCCUUAAGAAGACACCUCAGCUUGUGGAACUGGUGGAUGACAACAAUGAUGUUGAAGAGCUUAUGAGUUUACCCCCUGACAAGGUUUUAUUGAAAUGGAUGAAUUUCCAUCUUCAGAAAGCAGGUUAUAAGAAACCUGUUACAAAUUUUUCUUCUGAUUUGAAGGAUGGAGAGGCUUAUGCUUACCUGUUAAAUGUUCUGGCUCCAGAACACUGCAGUCCAUCUACAUUGGAUACCAAGGAUCCCAAUGAAAGAGCGAAACUGGUACUUGAUCAUGCAGAGAGAAUGGACUGCAAAAGAUACUUAGCUCCAACUGACAUUGUUGAGGGCUCUCCAAAUUUAAAUCUUGCAUUUGUGGCACAAAUUUUUCAUCAAAGGAAUGGCCUCUCAACAGACAACAAAAAGAUUUCCUAUGCUGAGAUGAUGACAGAUGAUGUACAAACUUCUAGAGAUGAAAGAUGCUUUCGGCUGUGGAUCAACAGUCUUGGAAUUGCUACUUAUGUCAAUAAUUUGUUUGAGGAUGUCAAAAAUGGAUGGUUACUUCUAGAAGUUCUUGACAAGGUGUCUCCUGGGUCAGUUAACUGGAAGCAGGCAUCAAAGCCUCCAAUUAAGAUGCCAUUUAGAAAAGUAGAGAAUUGCAACCAAGUUAUAAAGAUUGGGAAGCAGAUGAAAUUUUCGCUAGUGAAUUUAGCUGGAAAUGAUAUUGUACAAGGAAAUAAAAAGCUCAUACUUGCCUUCCUGUGGCAGUUGAUGAGGUUUAAUAUGCUUCAGCUUUUGAAGAACUUAAGAUCUCAUUCCCAAGGAAAGGAGUUGACAGAUGCUGAUAUUCUAAAUUGGGCAAACAACAAAGUGAAAAGCACAGGCAGAGCUUCUCAAAUACAGAAUUUAAAGGAUAAGAGUUUGUCAAAUGGAAUAUUCUUCCUUGAGCUUCUUAGUGCGGUGGAGCCUCGGGUUGUCAAUUGGAACCUUGUUACCAAGGGAGAAAGUGAUGAAGAAAAGAGGUUGAAUGCCACAUAUAUCAUCAGUGUCGCACGAAAACUUGGUUGUUCCAUUUUCUUGUUGCCUGAAGACAUCAUGGAGGUGAACCAGAAGAUGCUUCUCAUCCUUACGGCUAGUCUCAUGUACUGGAGCCUGCAAAAAGCAGUUGAAGAGGCAGAUUCUUAUCCAUCCCCUGCUGAUGGGUCUUCUUGCUCGACAAUUACUGAUGCAUCCCCGGCUCCGUCGAUUAGCGGCGAGGAUGAAAUCUCAUCCCUUUGUGGUGAAGUUUCAAACUUAAGCAUGGAUGAUGCUGCCUCUGACACUACUGUCUCCUCACUGGUUGAGAACGACAUGACUUGUGUGGGAGAAUGAAACUAUGAAUUGCUUUAGUGCUUACCUCCAUACUUUUAGUUUUAGGCAGAAAUGAAAAUGUGGUAGAUUUUCAGCACCUCUCAGUGCUCUAGCAAAAGCAAAUGCUCUACAGAUCUAGAAAAUGUACUUGUAAACAAACGGAUGGAAGAAGAGGAAAGAGCGAAAAACUUUGUAGAAACAGUUGCUGUUUGAAAUAGAAAAGAUGUUUCUUGCAAAAAAAACGAGGCGGGAAAAAAAGAAAUGAGAUGUUGGCUUAACCUUUCUUCCA